AGCCAGAGUCCUAAUCACUGGACCUCCAGGGAAUUCCCUGAAAUAGUAUUUUUAGCUUCUGGGAGCAUGCCAAUCUUCACCGAGUACGAAACUCUAUGUCUCCAAACACUUGGGUGAUCAGCUGCAGAGAGCAUUUGGCAAACAUAGGAUCACGAUACCUUUAAAGGUGGGGUGAAACUCACCUGGAUAUAUCUUCCCAACUCCCCUCCUGGCAAAGCUAGUCCUUUCCAGCAGAAAGCCCAGUCUCCUCAGUGUGUGGAUCUGUUGGGACUACAUUACCCAGAAUGCUCAGUAUCGAGCGGCAGGAACGCUACCCAAUGAACGCUUAGAGACAGGAGGCCGCAUGAUGUCAGGGCGGAACUUCUGGCUUCCUUUUCACAGCGGCCAUGUUAGCUACUCUUGGUUUUGUUUGACCAGUGUGAGAGAUUUGGGAAUUGUGGGUCCAUCUCGAGGUGACGGAAUUGAGAAGGUCCGAAAGGAGGGGCUGUCUCCGCGGCAUAGAGGCGGGUCUGAAGUUCGGCGACGCCCCCCGGGGGCCCCGCGCCAGGCCCAGGAGAGGGUCCGCCGUCCCCGCGUCCCGCCUCUCCCGGCCCCGCUCCGCCCAGAGUCCGAUGGCGGCGGCGGCGCUGAGGAACCUGCCUCAGGGCAGUGUGACCUUUGAGGAUGUGGCCGUGUACUUCUCCUGGGAGGAAUGGGAUCUCCUUGAUGAUGCUCAGAGAUGCCUGUACCACAACGUGAUGCUGGAGAACUUGGCACUUACAACUUCCUUGGGUUGUUGUCAUGGAGCAGAGGAUGAAGAGGCACCUUCUGAACAGAGCAUUUCUGUAAAUAGAAUGUCACAGGUCAGUACUCCCAAGGCAGGUGUGUCCACCCAAAAGGCCCAUUUUUGUGAGAUAUGCGGCCCGGACUUGGGAGACAUUUUGCACUUGACUGAGCAACAGAGGCAGAAACUGUACGAUAUUGGGGCAUGGGAGCAGCAGUUGUAUUUCAGUGCAAAACUUCAGCACCAAAAGCAGAACAUUGGCGAGAAAUGCUUCAGAAGCAACAUGGACAGAGCCUCAUUUAUGAAAGACUGCAAAUGUUUUGUGUCAGGGAAGUCCCUUUCCCAUGGGGAGUCCACAUACACGAGGGAGAAGUCAAACAGGGGAACUGAGUGUGGAGCUGCCUUUCACAGGGGGAAAACUCAUUAUAACUCUGGAGAAUGUACUGAAGACUUUAGUUGCAAACACAUGCUUUUUAAGCACCAAAGAGUUCCCACUAGAGAAAAAUGCUACAUGUGCAGCGAAUGUGGGAAAUCUUUUAGCAAAAGCUACAGCCUCAAUGACCAUUGGAGAGUUCAUACUGGGGAAAAGCCUUAUGAGUGUGGGGAAUGUGGGAAAACCUUUAGGCAAAGCUCUAGCCUCAUUCAACACCGGAGAGUUCACACUGGAGCGAGGCCUCAUGAGUGUGACGAAUGUGGAAAAUUAUUUAGCAACAAAUCCAACCUCAUUAAACAUCGGAGAAUUCAUACUGGGGAAAGGCCAUAUGAGUGUAGUGAAUGUGGGAAAUCCUUUAGUGAAAGCUCUGCACUCCUUCAACACCGGAGUGUUCACACUGGAGAAAGGCCUUAUGAGUGCAGUGAGUGUGGGAAAUUCUUUACCUACCACUCCAGUCUUAUAAAACACCAGAGAGUUCACUCUGGAUCAAGGCCCUAUGAGUGCAGUGAAUGCGGAAAAUCCUUUACUCAAAACUCUAGCCUCAUUGAACACCGUAGAGUUCAUAGUGGAGAAAGGCCUUAUAAGUGCAGCGAAUGUGGGAAAUCUUUUAGCCAAAGCUCUGCACUUCUGCAACAUCGGAGAGUUCACACUGGAGAAAGGCCUUAUGAGUGCAGCGAAUGUGGGAAAUUCUUUACUUACAGCUCCAGUCUCUUGAAACACCAGAGAGUUCACACUGGAUCAAGGCCUUAUGAGUGUAGUGAAUGUGGGAAAUCCUUUACUCAAAACUCCAGCCUCAUUAAACACAGGAGAAUUCACACUGGAGAAAAGCCUUAUGAGUGCAGCGAAUGUGGGAAAUCUUUUAGCCAUAGCUCCAGCCUCAUUAAACACCGAAGAGUUCACACUGGUUAAAGGCCUGAUGAGUGCAGUGAAUGUGGGAAAUCUUUUACCCAUAGGCCCAACUUCAGUGACCACUAGAGUGUUCAUAUUGGAGAAAGGCUUUAUGUGCAUUUGAAUGUGGGAAAUUCAUCUCCAGACUCCUAAAACACCAUAGUGUCACAUUGGAGCAAAGCCUUAUGAGUAUGGCAGAUGGGGAAAAUCCUUUGGCCAAAGUCUAGCCUCAGUACACUCCAGAGAAUUCACAGUGGAGAAAGGCCUUAUAACUUAUAAAUUCAGUGAGUGUGAGAAAGCCUUCCGCUGAAGAACAUACCUCAUGGGAUACCACAGAUUUCAAAUGGGAGAACUACCUUCAUUGUGCAGGUAUAUAUGAUUUCUUUGUUCAGUGCAACAACACAGGAGGAGAUCCCUUAUGAAGAUGCCAUUUGCCUGUAUUGAACCAGAUACAUCCAAACAUCUACUUAAAUUCCAGGUAUGUGGGAGCUGCAUUGCACUUUUUAACCUGUCCAGGGCCCUUGCCAGAUUUAUGUCACCGCCAGUUCUGUAGUAGAAGUCAUUUCACCUCUAACCACCUGGCAGAUGCCCAUAGUGUGCAACAUUCACCCAAGCUAGUGUGUUCAGGGAAGGAAACCCCAGUGCUCUCCCACUUGCGGGAUGAUUCAUGAGUAGCUUGAACACUUAGUCUUUCCCAGGUUUUUUUCCUCCCUUAUGAGUUAAAUCAUGGGCCUUACCCAGUUUUGGCCUAGAGGACUCCGUUGGUGAUUUGAAAAGAUGGACUACAUUUUUCAGUAAUAUUAUUGAUCUCAUGAGACUCUAGUGAUGGGAUUUUCCAGCCUCCAAGUCACUAGCCUGGGGAACAGUCUGCCUCCCAUUGCUCUUGUUUGUAUAAUAAUAAAGGUCUUAUUGUUUAAGACACCA